CCGCAGCACCAGCACCGCAACUGGCCUCACAAACAAACGCCACUUUCGACUGGUCGGACGUGCUCAGCUCCGCGGCUCCUCAGUUGUGCAGUUCAAUCGCAUCGGAUACUCGCAUUCGCGUGUUCUUCUCGUGCGUUUCGAGCGCGCCAUUCAAGAUAGUCGAGCCGCAGAUACUUUCGCAUCCAUUCAGAUACCGAUUCUGAUUCUGAUUCAGUCGCUUGCCGUUGCUCCGAGAUGCCGGUUCGCGUUUCGCGCUGCCGCCGCCGUUCCGACAAUGAUUCGAUGGUAAACAAUAACAACCACUCGCAAGCGGUCGCCAAGUGCUAGGUCCAGCGAAAGCAUCUCGCAGAUAGAAUACUAAAUCAAGCCACAAGAUACACUCCACCUACGAAGCGUCGGCACAGCAGCGAUCUGCCAAAAUGAUGGCGCUCGACGGCAAGGCGAUAAUUAAGGAGGAGAUUACCGACAAGGACGCUUACGACGCAGCUGCGGCGGCGGCAGCGGCGGUGGCAGCGGGAGCCGCUCUGGCGGUGGCCUCCGCUGCGGCCGUCCAGGUGCCACCCGCGUCAUCGUCCUCGGCGGGAUCAGCGUCAUCGGCAGCCGCCGCGGCCACCAACAACACAACAUCGGCGGCAGCCACAGCGGCGGCAAUUAGUCGUCGGCUUAAAGCCAGCAGCAGCGGCGGGGACAAGAGCUCCACCUCAUCCUCGAGCAGCAAGGACAGCAGCCACACCUCCAGCAGCAGGAGCGAGAGGGACAGGGAGAGGGAGCGAGAACGGGAGCGGGAACGGGACCGCCUGUGCCGCACUCCGCCGGACUCUCCGCCGGAUAGCUCGCGCAGCCUGGCCCCCCGCUCGCCCCACUCCCCUCUACAGUUGCACCAGCGUCCGCAGCGCAACGCCAGCGUUUCCCCGGUGGUCAAUGGAUCCUCCUCGGGCGGAGGAGGCGUAGGAUCCUCCGGCACUUCGCCUACGCCCACACCGGGCAGUCAGCAUGCCGCCUCCUUGGCCGCAGCCGCCGCCGCCGCAGCAGCAGCCCACGUGGAGCAGGCGCGACUGGUUUCCAAGAUGCGCAAGUUCCUGGGCGCCCUGGUUCAGUUCUCCCAGGAACUGGGACAGCCGGAGGUGAGCGAGAGGGUGCGCGCCCUGGUGCUGUCCCUCUGCAGCGGCAGCAUCUCCGUGGAGGAGUUCCGGCUGGCCCUACAGGAGGCCAUCAACCUGCCACUCCGGCCGUACGUGGUUCCGCUCCUCAAGAACAGCAUCGCCCUGGUGCAGCGGGAGAUUCUUGCCCUGGCCAGAGCCACCAACCAAUCCGCCCUGCAGUACGUGACCAACAACGAGCAGGCGGUGAUGGAGUUCGCUCCGCACGGUGUGGCCAGUGCCGAGUUCGGAGACAUAUUCAUCCAGCUGGAGGCACCCACAUCAAACGGCAGCAGUGCGGUCUUCAAGCGCCGCUCCUCGGACUCCAUGAUGGAGCACGGCGGCCACAACGGCCUGCAGGAGUGGAGCGAAUACAUGGCCAGCGGCGGAGCAGGCUAUCCUCCACCGCCCAGCAAGCGCCUCACCCUGCAUCCCGCCCACUCGGUGGUGGCCUACGGGGAAUACGGGGUAUCGUCCGCGGAAGGACUCCCCUCGGCGGCGGCCUUCAUGCAGCGCGACGAACGGGAUCUGCGGAUGAGCGAGGCGCAGGCCAGGCACGCCGCUCCUCCCCAAAGGGCAGGAAACCCCCAGCCCAAUCCCAACCCCAAUGCAACUGCCCCUGGAGCUCCGGGAGCGGGUGGCGAGGAGGAGUGGAAGAACAUCCACACCAUGCUCAACUGCAUCUCCGCCAUGGUGGACAAGACGAAGAGGGCCAUCACGAUCCUCCAGCAGCGGGGCAUCGAGCCCCAGCAUCCCAACAGCAGUCAGGAGGUAACCCCCGCGGCCAUGGCGGAGCUGCGACGCCAGACCGAGGAGAAGGUCGCCGAGUUCAAGCGGAAUGCGGAGGAUGCAGUGACACAGGUGAAACGCCAAGCUGUCAUUGAAAUCCAGAGGGCAGUGGUGGCUGCUGAAACUCGGGCUGCGGAGAUCAUGACGCAGGAACGUCUGCGCAUGGAGAAGUUCUUCAUGGAGAUGAGCCGCCAUUCCAGCGGAGAACGUGAUCUGGACAACAAGUCGCCGUCAAUGGCCAGUGCACAGAAUGGCAGCAAUCUGCAGCAGCAGUGCUGGAACUGCGGGCGCAAGGCCACGGAGACCUGUUCCGGCUGCAACAUGGCCCGAUAUUGCAGCGCCUCGUGUCAGUACAGGGAUUGGGAUAGUCACCAUCAGGUUUGUGGCAACACCCGAGCUAGUGAGCUAAGCGCCAAGCACCUGCACUCGGCCAGCAACCUGAGUCUGCGCAACGCGAUGGCCACCCGCUCACCACCCACUCCCAACUCAGCGGCCCACCUGCAGGCGGCGGCAGCUGCUGCGGCUGCUGCAGCAGGAGCCCGGGAAGCGGUCAGUGCUCCGGUCGGCGGUCCUGGAGCAGGAGUAGCUGCGGGAGCGGGAAGCGGAGGCCAAUCCGGUGGAGGAGGAGGAGGCGGGGGCGGAGGGGGUGGUGGAUCCGCGGCUGCUGCUGUGGCCGCCGCCACUCCAGGUGCUUUGGUGGCCAACGGGUUGGGCUCCAAAUGACGCAUUCGCAUGAUGAAACCCAAGAAGAAGUACUUGUGCUAGUCAAAUUAAAGGGGGUGAACCACAAAACCAUAUACACCAUUAAAAAAUAUGCAGCUAAAAUAGAGAUAUCCAAAAACCAAAAUCGAGUGAAGAAUUCACAGUCGCAUCGUCGGUUGAAGACAAGUGAAGUAGAAGAUGCUUAUCACCCAGAAACGCAUAAAUAGAUACAGAUUGAUGUGCAUUUUCACUAAAGUUUAUAGAUUACAAUGUUUCAAGAAGGACACGGUAAUGAGCGGGUUGAAUUAAAUGGGUUGAAAAUCCAUGGAGGAAACCAAUAUUAAUUACUCUCACUCACAAAACAUUUUACGGAAUUCAUCUAGCAAUUCUCAACCUGUGACUUAAUGUAUGAAAUCGCAUUUUUACCAUCAGCACUUUCACACACGAAAUACAUAAAUAUUAAUAACAAUAUGUGCACACUAAUAAAGAAUUACAUAAGCAAGCUAAAUCAUUUAAUUCAGAACUUGAGAAGCAGUGAAAUUCUGUGAGUAAGCAACCCAAAGCGAGUAAAAACAAAAACUGAACAUAGUAGAUUUUAUUAAUACAAUACAGUAUAUUACUACGGAUAUGAUUACGAUUAUGGCUAAUUUAUUGAGCGAGUUUAAUUUAUUGAUUAGUAUUUAUUGUACUCCCUAAUCUAAACCUAAAUGUACUUUUAUCAUAAACAAAUACCAAGUAAAUGUUAAACCCACAAACGCGGGCUGCUGCAAGGCUCCGGCAACUGAAACCCAAGAAAUAAAGUGUUUUAAACCAA